GUGGCCCAGAAUCCCCGCCCCUAGACCCGACAGAAGGCGGGGCCCACGCACGCCGCUUCCCGCGCGAUGUCGCUGCCCGUGGUCAGGCUGGUUUGGCUCGGGCGGGUGCACUACUCCGAGCUGUUGGCGCUGCAGGAGCAUUGGCUACGGCGGCUACAGACCGACCCUCGCCCCGGGACCCUGUCAGGGACCAAGGCGGGUGUGCUCUUGGUCUGCGAGCCAGCGGGGCCCGUGUACACGGGCGGGCUACGCGGUGGCCUAACACCCGAGGAGACUACGCGGCUGAGGGCCUUGGGUGCCGAGGUGCGCGCCACCGGCCGCGGCGGCCUGGCCACUUUCCACGGCCCCGGCCAGCUGCUCUGCCACCCGGUGCUUGACCUGCGGCUCCUAGGCCUGCGCCUGCGCACCCACGUGGCGGCGCUGGAGGCGUGCGCAGUGCGUCUGUGCGAGCUCCGGGGCCUGCGGGGCGCCCGCGCGCGGCCUCCGCCCUACACUGGCGUCUGGUUGGGCGAGCGCAAGAUCUGCGCGAUCGGAGUCCGCUGUGGAAGACACAUCACAUCCCACGGCUUGGCUCUGAACUGUUCUACCGACCUCACAUGGUUUGAGCACAUUGUGCCUUGUGGACUGGUUGGGACUGGAGUCACGUCCCUGAGUGAGGCACUUCAGAGACUUGUCACUGUGGAUGAAGUAAUGCCAUCUUUCCUUGUGGCUUUCAAGGAGACUUUCAAGUGCACAUUAAUCUCUGAGGACAGCCCCAGCUGAAGGACACUCAUUCACCUUAGUCUUGGGAUGAUGGUUCUGCAAUAAAUAGAAAGCUCCUAGUCUGACUGAGUCCCUAGAACUACUCUGAUUUCCUGACCACGAUGGAGGACAGGUCCUGAGCUGUUACUUCCUGUAUCUCACCUACCUCAGGGAUCAUUAUGAAAAUACUAUGAAAAAUCGCAUGCUACAUAAAGCAUUCCUGUGAAGCUUUUUAGGAGCCAUCUUAGUUUGGUCCCCAUAGCUUGUGAAAAGUGGAGCUUUGGCUGAGCCUCUGGUUCACUCGUGGAGCUUUGGAAGUUAUUCCCUCUCUUGGUUGCAGUGCUGUUUACCAGAAAUGCAGCAAGAACUGCACUGCAGUCUGACAUUUCCUGGGAGCCUCAUUAAAAAAGCUUUAAUGGU